AUGUCAGCAUCAGCACCAAGAACGAAACCCUGGGAAGUAUCACAGGGUACAAGUGCAGCAUCGACACAACAAUCCACGACUAUACCUGCCGGCACGACUGACUCAACAGCGACGGCGACAGGAACGUCGACAAAUCCAUCGUUACCUGAUCGUCCAACGUCCCUAACCAGUGAAUUUAACAAUAUGGCACAGACGUCGCCUUAUGGAACUAGUACUAGCAACAACGCCUAUGGAACCUCAUCAACGUAUGGUAAUGGCUACGGCUCAUCUGGUUAUGGGUCAUCAAUGUAUGGCUCAGGUUAUGGCUCAGGCUACGGAUCAGGCAUGUAUGGUUCUGGUUACGGCUCAGGGCUUGGUUCAAGCAUGUAUGGUGGCUACGGUUCCGGCAUGUAUGGAUCGAGUUACGGUUCUGGGAUGUACGGUCUGGGGAUGUACGGUCUGGGGAUGUAUGGUUCUGGGAUGUAUGGAGGCAGUUACGGUGGGGGCAUGUACAACCAGCCCGGUAUGAUGCAAGGAGGAUUUGGUGAAGGAACACAAGCAACAUUUCAUUUGAUUGAGAGUAUAAUAGGUGCAGUUGGUGGAUUUGCUCAGAUGUUGGAGGCAACAUAUAUGGCAACUCACUCUUCAUUUUUCACCAUGGUAAACCUUGCUGAACAAUUUGGCAAUUUGAAAAAUGCCCUUGGAUCUUUACUUGGAAUAUUUGCCAUGAUUAAGCUUGUUAAAAAGUUGUUCGCUAAACUAACGGGACAAGUUUAUAACAAUGGCAUAAAUUUGAAUGAAUUUAAUAAAUUCGAAGCCAAACAAAAGAAGUUGGAAGAUCAAAUUAAAAGAAAUGGGACUAACAGUAAUAAACCACCAAGAUUGUCACUUAAGCCAUUGCUUAUUUUCCUUGCAGCAUCCAUAGGUCUUCCUUAUUUACUAAGUAAGGCUAUACAAAUGCUUAAUGAACAAAACAGACGCAAGAUGGAAAUGCAACAGCAACACCAGCACCAGCACCAGCUUUCGGGUCCAAACGCCUCCUUUGACCCAUCAAACUUACAAUUUGCUAAAGCUUUAUACGAGUUUAAUCCAGAAAACCCUCAAAUGGAAGCUGAAUUAAAACCAAAUGAAUUAGUAGCUAUUUUAUCGAAGCAAGAUCCUUUAGGAAACGAAUCUAAAUGGUGGAAGGUCAGGACGAGGACGGGGAAAGUCGGAUACGUGCCUAGUAACUUUUUGACGGUGAUUGAACGAAAACUGCAACCAUCUUCGAAGCAAGUUGAACCGGCGACGGCAGUUCCUCAGAAUCUCAAACUGGAUCAAUUAUUGGAGGAGUUUAAGAAUAUGUAG